CAGACAGAACCGUUUCGCGCUCUAUCUGUAAUGUGAGAAUGAGGUUGGACAUUCCGACUCGCGCUCGCAGGUUGUGUACAGUUUCCACUAGUUACUGUCAACUAGUGGCAAAAUGAGAACUAAAUAAUUCUUCAUUUCAGGUAAACUUCUCAGCUUAAGAAGCAGUUUUGGUUGCGUGAUCUUUCAAGAUGCCUGCCGCCAUGCCGGUGGUUUUGCGAGCCAAGUGCGUGGUUGUAGGUGAUUCUACAGUGGGCAAAAGUGCACUGACCCAAGUUUUCCACAGUGAUGGCACACACUUUCCUAAGGCGUACUCUAUGACAGUUGGAGUAGAGCUGUGCGUUAAAACUGUGAACAUCCCAGACACAAGCAACAGUGUGGAAUUGUACAUCUAUGAUUCUGCUGGAAAAGAAAUGUUCUCCGAUUACAUUCAACAGAUGUGGGACAGCCCAUCAUUGGCCUUUGUAGUGUUUGACUUGACCAAUGAGAAGUCUCUGUCCAGCUGUGUGAAAUGGCUAGAGCGGGUUAAGGCCAAGGCAGGACGAGACAUCCAUGCUGUACUGGUUGGGAACAAGACUGAUCUAGAUACGAGGCGAGCAGUCACUUCAGACAUUGCAAAGAAAGCUGCUGCUGGAAUGGAGGUUGAGUACUUUGAGUGUUCUGCGAAGGAGCGUGAGAACGUGGAAGCACCAUUCUACUUCUUAGCAAAUGCUUACUACAAGCAGUACCAAGAGAAGAUAUCAAUAACGCAAUCGAUAUGCGAAUGAUGUCAGUACCACCUGCUACUCGUGUAAAUUAAGUGGAACUAUGAUAUUAGGUACAUGCUAAAAAUAGGAACUAAAGCUAAUCUGUUACACAGUUACCUAUUUCAGACUAGAGUUGGUUCAGGUGUUAAUUUCUGAUUUAGAGUCUUGAGGGUGGGCGAUAGUGCUUCAUGUGCUAGUUGUCUGAAAGCACUACAUGACCAUUUCUCAUCUGUUCGUCUGUGUGUCUCUGGUUUAAAUCUGGCACCAGAUUUAUGCACAAUUUUGUGGAUUGUUUUCCAAGUACAUGCAUACUGCUUCAAAUGUACUCGGAGUGAAACCCAGGAGCACGUGGAUGUGCACGAGACAUUACAAUGGCCCACAUCUGUUAUUAGCACGUUACGUGAUGCCCUCAAGUAGCAGCUGCAGCAUUCUUGUUUACUCUGUAUAAAGUUUAUCCUUGGACUUUAUGUUUGUGUUAAGUGGUUUUUGGUGUGCCCUGGCCGACAAGUUUUCUUAUGUAGGGAAAUUUUGGACCAGAGGAGGGUGGGCUUUGGUUCAUCCCCACGCAGUGGGUUUCUGCAAUGUGUGGUCUUCACAACUAUUGACCACGAUUCCGUGAUUUUGUUUUUCGGGUAGUUACAUGCAUAAAUGCUUUGAAAAUAGUACUUCUCAUUACAUUACCAGAAAUGUUGAUUUACAACCAACAUUGACUCCUCUUCCAGUGACUCAUUGCAUUGCGUGUUGAUAUGUGUCCCACAUGGAUGAGCAAGUUAUCAUGCUCCCACAGGCACUUGUGCAAGGAACCCUCAAUCCCGUGUCAUCAUUAUUAAUUACUGAGAAAGAACAGGCCAGAGAAUCACAACAGUCAAAAAUAGGUCACUUCAAGAUCAGUUCAUAUUUAUUUACCUUUCGCUUUAUUCUCAAGAUACUAUUUACACAUAAAUUUAAGAACACUGAAAUUUACAUUAUACAUGUAAAUGGAUUUAUCUUGGAUGGAGCAUGUUAACCAACAGCUCCAGAAGUGUACAGUACGUGUAUUAAAAUGUAUAAUAAUCAA